ACAAAACUAUUCUGCAGUCAUAGCGACCACUAUCGAAUUUCACUGAAUUAAAAUUUAUUUUAUUCAAUAGAAAAAACACAACAAUCAAAAUUUUACUUAUUUAAAAAAAAAUUACUUGUGCAUGACGAAUAGGAAGUUACAUAAAAUGGAACAAUUUAAAAGGACUAGAAAUAAUGGAGCAUGUUGCAGGGAUGAGUCCAAAAUGGUUAGAUGUGCCGUGACUGCAAUGGAAAAGAUGAGGGAUUAUUUGUUCGAGACGUCUGUAUGCCAGGAUUCAGAAGAUCCGAACACACUGGGUGAUUAUGAUUGUGCAACUAACUGCAACAAGUAUACAACCCAGGAAUGUCCAUUUCGGGGCACUGGGAUGCCACCUAAUCUGAUGCGGACAUUCUGCAACAAUAAGAAGGCUGAUGGCCGAUCAGGUCCAAAUAUGAUUCGACUCAUGCCAGGCCAAGUUGGUGUAGCAGGUGACCGUGCCACAUUCCACCUUGGCCAAGCGGCGACGAGAAGAAGAAAUCGUCCAGUCAAGGCCGUUACCACGGAGAAAAAUGGCAAACUGGCGAUGCCGACGACCGUCGUUGUUGAUCGGCCAACAGUCACAAAGUAUAUUAACAUUCAGCGCAAAAGGUCAAUGCAAGUUUUGCCCACAGUGCCGAUGUCUAACAAUAAUCCAGCUGUCGGUCCCGUCACCGGGCGACCGGUGAACGAUAAUGAGCACGUUUUUGUAUUGCGGUUGUCCAAGGCGUACGAGAACCCUACUGACCUAGCCUGCUUACAGGUCGAAAUGCGUCUUCCUAACCCACCGAUAGCUUUAAAGCGUAUAGAUGCUGAAACGCAGGUUAUAAAUGAAGACGUACAUGUGGUGACUACCAGUGGAAAGAAGGGAUCGAAAAAGGGAUCGAAAAAAGGAUCGAAAAAAGGAUCGAAAAAAGGAUCGAAAAAGGGGAAAAAAUGAUGAACAUAAUUUUAUUAUAAUAAUGUGCAUUAGCAAACACAAAUGUUAUAUGUUUUAUUUUAGUAUAUUAUGACAUUUAUUUUAUUUACCUAAUUACAAAAAUUAUAAGAACAUCUAUCUCA